AUGAGCUCCUUCCAACCCAUCAAGCUUCAAUCAAUCUACUUCGCAGCAGUUGACUGUGAACGCUUCACCACGGCGGGGGACCUCGUUGGAAUCCCGAUUGUUCUUCUUUUUCAGACUGUGAUACUCUCUGUGUUUGAUUCGUGAAUCUUCUGCACGACUCACACAGCUACGACAACAGCGGUGUUGGCGAAUCCGAAUGCGUUCAGCCUGCUGCAUUCCUGAUUCUUGUGGUUGUCCUUUAUCUUCCUCCUGCUUCCCGACAGGUCAUCCAUCGUGUGUCUACUCUACUAGAUACCGCAUAUUCCAACGCAGUUUGGAUAGUUCCAUUCCUAACUCUCCACAAUUCCCCAUGGUGAACGAUCCGCGGGUGACGGAGCAGCUUUCGCAUUUGGGGGGAGUCUACCGCGAUCCUGCACGGGUGGAUCGGGACGCCACGGCGUUGUUGCGAUCGAGCGUCGGGGAGCGCUUGACUCCCAUUGCGGCGGAAUUGUACGAAGACAAUGGUUCCCAUUCCACCGUGCUGGUCUUGCAGGGCAUGAUCGCCGUGGACUUUCGUGGCACAACGUACCGCCAACUGAUGGAAAUAUACCUACCCGGGCGCUACCCCCAGCGUCCACCCGUAUGUUACGUGCGUUUGGCCGAACACAUUUAUUUGAAAAACAAUCACGAGCACGUGGGUUCGGAUGGGAAAGUCGAUAUCCCCUAUUUGGACGAAUGGACAUCGCAUCACCACAAUUUGGUGGAGUUGGUCAUUCAAAUGAGUUCGGUUUUUUCCGCGGACCCGCCAGUCUUUUCCCGCACAUCAGCCGCCACGCCCCCACCGCCAGCCUACGCCGCCGCUGCCGUUUACAAUGAUACACGGAGCAGUACAACGACAACGAAUAGCAACCACGCUUGGGAAGAAAGGAGAAUCGACCAAUUGCGCCAAAAUUUGACUUUCAAGACCCAACGCCAUUUUGUGGAACUCUCUAAAGAAACACAACAGCAAGUGCAAGCGGAUGAGCGUCAUAAACAGUUGUUGAUCCAUGCAGAAAGCAAGAUUGACGCGCAAAUCAAAGCCCUGGAAAAAGAGAAGGAGACCUUGGAAAGGCAUUUGUCCACGACACGCGAGAAAACCAUUGCUAUUAAAGCUUGGGUACGGUCGCACAAAGAAAGGCUGGCCGAGUCCAAGGAGGCUGAGGCUGUACCGGCUGACAAGCUGGUGCAGCCGGCCAGUGAGCUGCACGGACAAAUGCUGGCUCUGGCAGCCGAAAACGCGGCAUUGACGGACGUCCUUUAUUUUCUCGACCGUGGUUUGUACGCGGGCAAGCUAGACGCCGUGGCCCAUCUCAAACAGGUACGGAAACUCGCCAAAAAGCAGUUUCUGGUCCAGGCGCAUCUUAUCAAGAUCAAUCAAGUACUUCUGGACAGAAGUAAUAGUCGUAGAUGAGCAACACGGAGAUCUCUGUCUGCACACUCAAGACUUCGUGUUAGAAAUUUGCCUUACACACCAG